AUGGUGCACCUGGCGAACGACGAUGAGAUGGACGCGCUCGACCAACUCACCGAAGCGCUGGUCGAGCCCGGCCUCCUGCACCACGCCUCCAAGCGGCUGCAGGGCCUCGUGCUGGCCUGCCUCCAGCAGGCCCUCCGCAUCCAUCGCCUCGACGAUGACGAUGACCACCGACCCAGCUCGUCGCCACCACCGCACCAGCCCCACGACAAGCCCGAAGAAGCCGGAAAGAGCCUGGUGGCGGGAUCCCCCACAGUGCACCGUGGUGCCUUGAGCGAAGUCGAGGCCGCACGCCAUACGGCCGAACAAAGUAAUCUGCCCACGAAAUGGCUCACGGCCGGCGGAGAGCUGUGCGCGCUGAUCAGGGAGAAGGAUUGGUCGUGCACGCCAUUCGGGCCGAUUGCGUCGUGGCCCCACACACUCAAGAUCGCCCUCACGGUCUGCCUCUUCUCCCGGUUCCCCUUUGUGAUCUUUUGGGGCCGCGACUACAGGAUGCUCUACAACGACACCUACCGACCCAUCAUGGGCGGCACAUAUAAGGAAUGCUGGCCUACCAUCUGGGAGGAGCAAAUGCAAUUGAUGGACGCCGUGGUGCAAACAAAGAGGGCCAACUGGGCAGAGAACGCCUACGCCCCGAUGGAUCGCAACGGCUACCUGGAGGAGUGCUACUUCACCUUCUCCUACACUCCGCUGUUUUUGAGCGAUAACACCGUCGGUGGUGUCUUCACCGCCUGCACUGAGAACACCAUGCGCGUUAUCGGCGAGCGGCAGCUCCGGACUCUCCGAGAUUUGGCUGCUCGCGGGACUGAAGCCCGGAGCGUGAGGGAUGCGGUGCGCAUCGUGGGUGAAAUCGUGACGACUACCGGCAAGUAUGACAUUGCAUUCAGCAACAUCUACACGCUUGACGCGAAGGGGAGACGAGCAGUGCUGGCCGAGACUGCCGGUGACUUGACAAAAGGCUCCCUGCUGUGCCCCGAACUCGUCACGCUCUCCCGCGACUUAUCAUCACAGGACAGUGAGGACAGCAAGAGCGACGACGACACGGAAGAGCAGGGCGGUGUCUGGUGUCCCAUCUUCAACGAUGUCAUUGAGAGCAAGGAGCCGCAGCUGGUGAGCCUCGCCCCGUUCGGAAGCGCCGUGCCGCCCUGCAGCGCAUGGGGGCACACCGACGAUGAUCGCACCAGGUCGUGCUUGGUCUUGCCCAUGACCUCGCACACGGGUUCCGACAAGGUAGUGGGCGUGCUGGUGGCCGGCGUCAAUCCGCGCCAUGAGCUCGACGACAACUAUCGCAUAUUCUUUAAUCUCUUUGCCAACAACGUGUCGUCAAUCAUCAUGAACGCCACCGCACGCGAGGAGGAACGCCAACGCGCCGAGGCGCUCGCGGAGUUGGAUCGGGUCAAGACGACGUUCUUCUCCAACAUCUCACACGAGUUCCGCACACCGCUCACCCUCAUGCUCGGCCCGCUCGAGGACCUCCUCGACCAGGCCGAGCUGCAGGUCGAGAAGGAGCAGCUCACGCUCAUCCAUCGCAACGCACUACGGCUCUACAAGCUGGUCAACUCGCUGCUCGACUUCUCACGCCUCGAGGACGGCCGAGCGCGGGCCAACUUCGAGGCGGUGUCGUUGGGGCGGUUGACGCAGGACCUCGCCUCCAUCUUCCGUUCGGCCACCGAACGCACUAAGCGAUGCGAUCGGGAGCGCAGAGCGAAUGUGGAUCUGGUGGUGGAGUGCGAGGAGGAGCUGGAGCAGCCGGUGUACGUGGACAAGGACAUGUGGGAAAAGAUUGUGCUCAACCUGCUCUCCAACGCGCUCAAGUUCACCAUGCACGGCCAGAUCCGGGUCAGCGUAAAGACCGUGACAAGGGAGGACGAGGCCGAGCUGAUGGUGGCCGAUACGGGCAUCGGCAUCCCAGCUGAGGAGCUGCUCCUGCUGGGCAAGCGCUUCCACCGCGUGCAAACGCCCGGCGGCCGGUCGCACGAGGGCACCGGCAUCGGGCUGGCGUUGGUGUACGAGCUGGUCCGGUUGCACGGCGGUACGGUCGAAGUCACCAGCCAGCUCGGCUUCGGGUCCGCAUUCCGUGUGCGCAUACCGUUCGGGACGGAUCACCUGCCCAGCCAGGAGGUGGUGCACCUCGCACGGCCUCUGUCGCUGGCCGGCUCCUCUUCUUCGGCUCCCGCGGGCGUACGGGGCGUCCAGUCCCUGGACUGCGCCGCCGAGCCCGCUGAAGCGGCCGCCGCCGCCGACCAUGAGGCAUAUGCGAGCACGCUGGCCGACGCGCGCAACUACUCGAAGACCGCGUCGUGGUGGCUGCCCUCGAUCGCCGUCGUCACUUCGCCAUCGGCUUCGGGGCUGGCGAAGGGCACUUCGUCCGGCUCGUUGUCUCCCACAUCGAGCAGCUCGCCGGACAUGCCCUCGUCGCCGCGUCAGCGCACCGCGGCCUCGUUCAGUGUGCUGUCGGCCUCCUCCUCACCACCGUCAUCGUUGCCAUCGGCGCCGUCGUCAGACGAGAAGAAGCCGCGCCGAAGGAAAAAGAGGAGAGCGAGCGGAGAGAGCACCAAGGCCAGGAUUCUGCUGGCCGACGACAACUUCGACAUGCGCGAGUACGUCGCGCGCCUGCUCAGCGCCAAAUACGAAGUCAUCAGCGUCUCCAACGGACUGGAAGCGGCGAGCGUGCUGCGGUCGAAUCCGCAGGGGGUGGACCUGGUGCUGACGGACGUGAUGAUGCCCUUCCUCGACGGGUUCGGCCUCCUCAAGGAGAUUCGGUCGCGCGACGCGACCCAGACGCUGCCGGUGAUCAUGCUGUCGGCGCGGGCCGGCGAGGAGGCCAGCGCCGAGGGUCUGGCCGAGGGCGCCGACGACUACCUGACCAAGCCCUUCACAGCGCGCGAGCUGCUGUCGCGCGUGGCCUCACACCUCAACAUGUCGCGCAUGCGCAACGACGCCGCGCGCACCGAACUGGCCCUGCGCGUUAAGGUAGAUGAAGGCAAGGAGAGGCUGGAGCGUAUUCUGGCGGCCAUUCAGGACGCCUUCAUGUCGCUCGAUGCGCGACAGCGAUACUCGUUCGUAAACACCAACGCCGCUAACCUGCUCGGCGCCAAGAAAGAAGACAUGAUCGGACACAACGUGUGGCGCUUCAUGGUCGAUACUGAAGAUGGGGUCGUGGCCCGCAACCUGGAACGGGCCAUGAACGACAAGGUCGACGUCGUGUUCGACUUCUACUACUCUGUCCACGACCGCUGUCGCUUGCCGGCCUCCACCUUGGCCGCCAAGGCCGCGCUACAGUAUGAGAGCCGAAUGUUUCCGGGGGCCGGCGGCGGGGUAUCCAUCUUCACGAUCGACGUCACCGCUCGAAAGAAGGCCGAGCACCGCCUGGCGCUCCUGUCCCAGGUGGGACAGCUGCUGGCGGCCAGCGUGGAGACUCAUCUGUCGUCGCUGCUGGAAGCGGCGGUCAAGAUCGUGGAGGGGUCGGUGGUGGCCGACUGGAGUAUUGUGGACGUGGUGGCCGAGAACGGCCAGCUCGAGCGCAUUGCCACCCCGCACUCACCCACCCACCUCUGGCAGCUCCACAAGCUCGGCAACGACCCGCUAGGUGACGACGAAGAGGCCGAUCGGUACUAUCGAGUGGUGCGGCUGAGCAACGGCGAGCGGGUGGGCAUCGAGUGCGGCCUCGCGACUUCGCCGGCCCGAGGGGAGAAUUUCGUGAUGCACCUGCUGCAGGGCCACGGCCGCAUCUACGGCUUGUGGGUGUUUGCGCGCGAGUCGUUCGCUCACAGCGACGAUCUGGACAAGGACAAAGCGGUCUGCGCGGAGAUAGCGCAACGCGCGGGGAUGGCCAUCGACAACGCGCGGCUCUAUCGCGAGGCCGACAGCGCCAACCAGGCCAAGGACCACUUCCUCGCCGCCCUCUCGCACGAGCUGCGCACGCCGCUCACUCCCGCAUUGCUCCUCUCCGAGGCCCUCCUUGGCGAGAUGCUGCCCCAGGAUGUGGAGGACAACGUGCGGCUCAUCCACGAGUCGGUGAUGCUCGAGGUGCAGCUCAUCGACGAUCUGCUCGAUCUCACCAAGAUCUCGCGGAACAAGCUCAAGCUCAACCUGCGGCCGAUAACGCUGCACGAGAUCUUGAGCCGCACGGUGCAGAUCGUGGCGCACGACAUCAGCGCCAAGAAGCUCGUCGUUACGCGCGAUUUCCAGGCCACCAACGACCGCCUCGUCGGCGACCCCGCUCGGCUGCAGCAGGUGGCGUGGAACUUAGUUAAGAACGCGAUCAAGUUCACGCCCGAGGGCGGCGCCAUCACCAUCCGCACCUCCAACUACGUCCUCGACCGUCCAGUCGCGGCACCAGACCUCGAGCAGUCAGGGCAGGCUGCCGACCGCGAGGACCCGGCGGAGGACCAGUCACCGCCGCCCGGCGAGAGCCCGUCAUCGCUACAGCCGCCUCCGCAGGCGAUGGAGCGGGUGGAGAUGCUGCGGGUGGAGAUCAUCGAUACGGGCAUCGGCAUCGAGAGCCACGUCAUCCCGCACCUGUUCCGGGCCUUCGAGCAGGGCGACGCCUCCAUCACCGUGCGCUUCGGCGGCCUCGGCCUCGGCCUCGCCAUCUCCCGAUCGUUCGUGGAGAUGCAUCGGGGAGAGUUGACGGCGUCGAGCGAGGGCAAGAACAAGGGCGCCACGUUUGCGGUGCACCUGCCAACCGACGCGCCGGCCACGGCCAUCGCCGCCCUCGACAUGCAGCCGCCGCACCAACACCCACCCGCCCCGGCCCCGGCCAUGCCCGGCCCUCACACGCCGGCCUUGACUGUGGCGACGGCCUCUCAAGCGCUGCCGCCACCACCACGAACCGGGCCACUCAAGGUGUUGCUGGUGGAGGACAACAAGAGCACGCUCAUGAUCAUGUCGCGUCUCCUGCGCCAGAAGCUGGGCUUCGCAGUCGUCGUGGCCUCGUCGGUGGCCGACGCGCUGCGCGUGGCGGCCGAGGAGAAGGCCAGCGACGAGGGCCAGGUGGACGUCGUGGUGAGCGACAUCGGGCUGCCCGACGGGUCGGGCCUCGAGCUCAUGGCCGCCCUCAAGGCCACUUACCACCUCCCGGGGAUCGCGCUGUCGGGAUACGGGUCGGAGGAGGACGUGGAGCGGAGCCGGGAGGCGGUGACGACAUCCACCUCACCAAGCCCGUCCAGUUCGCCGCCCUCUCCGCCACCAUCCAUCAACUCGCCAUGA